AUGAAAAAGAAUGUUAUGCGCUGGAGUGGUCAUACCCCUGGUGAUUGGUUUGAACAAAAUGCAUGUUCUGCUUACAAUGCUUCUGAAAGAGAAGAGCAGAAAUACCAAAUCCUACAACUACUACAACAAAAAAUCAUCCCAAUGGAAAUACAGGCACGUGGACCGGAAGCAUUGAAAGCUUUCAACGAAGCUUUACAAGAGGGGGAAACAGAGGUUUAUCAAGCAAGAACCCUUUUUCUCGGCCUUGAGAGAGUUGGAAAAUCCUCUACCAUUGAUUCAUUUUUAAGAAAACCCUUCAAUCCAGAUAAACACAUCACUGAUGCAAUUGCAACAACAAAGGUGUGCACUCAAGAUUUACAAAAUGAAUUAGAAUGGAAAGAAACAGCAAAUGACCAUUCUGGAGUUGCUGAGAUUUAUAAUAAAGGACUGGCAGAUGCAAUAACGAUGAAAAUAUCCAAAAAUAUUGAUACAAAAGAGACCAACACAACAGAGGUGAAUUUGUUAUCAAAAGAAAUAAAGGAAGAGGAAAAGAUUAAUGUUGAAGACAAGCAUAAACCAGAAAUUAAAAGGAAAGAAAAUUUGCAGAUUCCAUCAGUGGAACAGGUUCCUGAAAAUAUUGCGAGUGAAGUCGAGGAGAGAAUGAAAUCAAUAAAGUUCACAAGAGAAGGAACGAAUGGAUGGCAAAAGUCUGGCAGUGGUCUUAUUAUAAGCAUCUGGGACUUUGGAGGACAGCCGAUAUACCAUGUGAUACAACGUAUUUUCAUGGCAUCUCUUGCUGUUGCAUGUGUGGUAUUCAAUCUAAAUGAUGACCUUGAUGCGCCCGCUAAUGUCAGAGAUCCAACAACUGGAGAAAUGUACAAACAUCGAAUGACACACCUUCAGUUUAUUCUUUACUGGAUUCGUUCAGUAUUUAUGAACAGUAGAGAGUCAAAACUGGAUGAUAAACAACUUUCACCGCCAGUAUUACUGAUAGGUACACACCUAGACAAACUUGAGGGGAAUGAAGAACAAAGGAAAAAUAAGGCUGAAGGAAUAUUCUCCAAAAUUCAUUCAGCUUUGGCAGGCAAACCUUAUGAGGCAAUGGUUUUUUCAACUAUGUAUGCUAUUGACAACAGUGUACCAUUCUCCAAGAGCAGUGCUUCUGAAAUCAUGAGCCAAAUUUUAACAUUCACCAAGAAAAUGGUCAGACGUCUGCCUUUGAAGUGGUUGUUGGUUCAACAGAAAAUCCAGAAGUUAAAAAAGAAACAUAUUUAUCUACCAACGAAUGAAGUCAUUGCAUUACUUGAUCGUUGUGAAGUAAAACGUGAUGCUCAUCGGGUCUUGCUUGAAUAUUUACAUGAUGUCGGAGAGCUCCUUUACUUUCCUGAUGAUAAAGCCUUAAAGGAUGUUAUUGUUUUAGAUUUGAUGCAAAUAGUUGACAUGUUUAAAACAGUAAUAACUGUUAUAAAUCCUAAACUUCAGGAGCCAUUAUUAAAAGAAGCUUGGAGAAAAUUGGAUUCUGGGAUCUUAGAGGAGCUUCUCUUGAAACAUCUCUGGCAGAAGUUCAAUCUUACAGAUGAAACGUUUGACUUCUUUAUACAUCUGAUGCAGAAGUUUGGACUGGUUUGUGAAAGAAAGAUUUCAAAGACUGAACGGAUUUUCUAUGUUCUGUCGCGGUUGAAGCCUGAACAUGUAGAUUCAUUGCCCCCUGAGGAUUAUGGAAAGCGUGCAGUUUCUAUUUUCCAUGAUUUUGGUGGAUAUCUACCAGAUGAUCUCUUCCAACGCGGUGUAACAAAAUUUAUUGAGAAAUUUCAAGUAGAAGACAGUGAACCUAAGCUGGCUUAUGAGCAUGUGGAGUUGGGCAUUCACGAGCAUCACCAUGUGAUUUUGAAUGUGGCCACCAUCAAGCAUCGUCGUAUGUUCCAGAUGACAAUUAUCAGAAGAAAGAUUCUCAACACCGAUGCAGAGGAAGAUGAACCCUCCCCUAGUGUGUGUAAGGAGGUUCUGAGAUUUGUUGAAGCAGAACUAAGACUUUUUUGUCAGAGUGGUGCACGAGGGGUAGAAUUAACAAGGUACAUCCCCUGCGUGUGUACCAACCACGCUUAUUAUCACCAGCCUGUUUCUUAG